AUGGAAGAAGCUGUUCAAAAAGAUUAUGAAAAAGAAGCCCAUCUUCUAUCGAGUCUAAAACACCCUUAUAUACUCUGUAUUCAUGAAAGUUUUGUUGAUAAAAAUAGGUUCUGCAUUGUGUCAGAAUAUUGUGAAGGGGGUGAUCUAACCAAUUACUUAAAACAAGUGAAGAGUAAAGGAGGACGUAUCAGUGAAAAAAUUAUUGGAAAAUGGCUUGUACAAAUUAUAUUGGCCACAGUUUAUAUGCAUAAAAAUAAAAUACUUCACCGUGAUUUAAAAACAAGUAAUAUAUUUUUAAAGAAUGGGAAUAUUAAAGUUGGUGAUUUCGGUAUUUCGCGUUCACUGGCCACAACUGAAGAACUGGCAACUACGUUUAUUGGGACUCCUUAUUAUAUGAGUCCGGAAGUUUUGAAGUACGAAGGAUAUAAUAAUAAAUCAGAUAUUUGGUCAAUCGGAAUAAUUCUGUAUGAACUAUGCACCCAAAGAAGAGCAUUCACUGGAACUAAUUUAAUGCGUGUUAUGUGGCAGGUGAUAAAUGAUCCUUGUCCUCAGCUACCAGAAAUUUAUUCAAAAGAAUUACAAGAGGUUUUAGAACUAAUGUUAAAGAAGACUCCCCAAGAACGACCAUCUGCUUCAGAACUUCUUCAAUCAAAUGCGGUUCACUCGUACUUACGUGAUUUAUACAAAGAAAUCAUAAAUCACAUGCAAAACGAAUUAUCUGGUGAAAAUCGGAAGGAUGGGAGCGAAUUUAAUCUACUUAUGUCGUUUGAAGAAUUUGUUAGUUUACCUGAUUCAGUUUUGCACAAACAACAGUCAAUUGAAAACGCUGAGAAGUUUUCAAUACAAUUAAAUGAAGAAAUUGAAGAGAAUGUAGAACAUUCAGAAGAUCAGUACUUAACGCCACGUCAAAAAAUCAAAUUAAAUAAAGCAAGUGAAUCAGAUAGAACUACUGCAGUCUUAAGAGAUUUAGCAGAACAGCUUACACAUACUCGGAAUAGUUUAAAUUCUACAAUGGAAACACAACUGUUCACCUGGCAGAAAGGAUAUCCAUCAUUGAAUCAUAUAUGGCCUACAAUUCAAAUACCUACAGAGAAACUGCUAAAUGAAUUAAAAAACCUUUAUUUAGAAAAAAUAAACAAUGAAACAAGCUUGAUUGAUGAACUAGAUGAUGAUUUGGAAAAUGAAGGUGAUUUAUUUUGGUCAAAGAAAUCAGAUUUAAACGACAAUAAAAAAUUACCAGGUAAAGGUCCAGGUGCUGAAGAUGAAAGUCUUGGAACAUUUAAUUUUUUAAAUUCUACAAAACAUAGAAAUGAAGAAAUCGAAGAUUUAACCAACAAUAUGAGUUUUACUGAAAUAAAAAAUUUUUAUCCUUCACCUAGAUUAACUAGUCCAAUUUAUGAUUAUGUCACAAUGGAUGAAUUUAAAAAACAAGUUGAUAUUGAUAAUAACCCUAAUAUUAUUAAAAAGGGUAAUAAUAAUCAAGAAGCUUUGUUUAUACGUCGACAAUUUACGUUUCCAGCAAUGUUAAAUCAAAAUUAUGCACAAUCAGCAAGACAACUGAGUGAUAUUAAUAGUUCCAAAUUGAAAUGUAAUAGUGUAUUUACUGACGAUACCCAACUAAUGGAAACUUAUUACACAAAUUAUGAUAAUGAACUGUUAAAUUAUACAAACAAUUUCAAUAAGGAGGAUUUAAAAGAAUUAAUAGAAAAUGAAAAUAUUCUUCAAAAUGAUCUAGAAGAUAUAGAAAAUCAAGAUAAUGUAGAUUCAACUGAAACAUUAAACGAUGUACUUGUUUGCAUGAAAGCAGCUUUGUGUCACCCUGAAGACAGUAAUACAAUAGUCUUGAAUGAUGAAGCUAAGACCAUAUUUAGUCCAGAGGCUAAAGCCAAAAGAAUUGAUGCUUUAAAAAAAUACUGCAUCGACAAACUUGGAGAAAAAGAAUUUCACAAUGCAUAUCACUAUCUUUAUCAAAAACGUAUUUUGGAAAAAAAUCAAUCUGGUGAACUAACAAUACUAAAUGGCUUAAAAUCUUAUUGUUCCGAUGUGACUACCGGGUUUCUACUUGAUCAUUUAUUAUUUCUUGAAAAUGAUGCAGUAAAACAAACAAUAAAUAUUCAAUUAUCUGAAUCUGUUCAUCAAAUCUUAAACGAUGAUUUGUCAUUUUAUGCAAAAUUCGCGAGUUUAAUGGACUGUUUAAAAGAGAUAUAA